UCUGCAGAGGAAUCAACAGCUCUGAUUUACACGCUCACUUGAACACAUCGAUGCACGUUCCCUGUCACUUUACCUUGGAGGAAUAUGCUUGUGCACAGCUGGACAACUUCAGCGCCCAUCAGCUGGUGUCUCUCCUGAAGUGUAAUCUGCCCGGAAACAGCAGCCACUCCAAAAUGUUGUGGAAGAUGCUAAUUACUAAGGUCUCGUCUGUCUUGGAUCCAGCUCUGGACAUCCUGGCUAACAUGUCCAUGCCUCCUCCAUCAGCGUCACAGAUUUUGGAUGUGAUCGGAGAAAUCAGGGUGUUGAUGCUGACCGAUGAGCAGCUGAGGAACAGCAGCGUCGUCGCAAAGUGGUUCUCCGGCCGCCUGAGAGGGUUCCUGCCGUCUGCGUCGGGACGGUUCCUGCACUGUCUGAGCCGCAGGAACAUCAGCUGUCAGUCCUACCAGCAAAUACUGCAGGUAUUCAGCCAUCAGUUUGACAACAUGACCUUACAUCAGCAGCACGUGGUCUUCAAGAGCUUCGUCCUGCGUUUCUUGUCUCAUCCACUCUCAGGUCCAGGCUGUGUGUCAGGAUCCAACAGCAGUGCAGAGUGGCUGAAGAAGAAUUUGGGUCCAUUUUCAGUGUUUUUGCCCCUCAAAGAGCUUCUGCUUCUCAACCCACAAUUCAACCCUCUGGAGGUCCUCCAGUUGCUGUCUCCAAAGCAGAGUGCAGAGCUGCUGGUGUUGACUCUUAAAACUCUUCCAGAGAAAGAAGACAUCAUUAAUCUGCUGUUUGAUUCCCUGACUCAGCCGUCCCAGGAGAAGAAACUUCCUGAGUUCCUGUCGAGCCUCGUCAUGUUCCUUCCGAGGGGAAAUCUUUCCUGUUCAGCAUACAAAACACUGUUUGCCAGACUGGACUUGGCCAUGACUACAGUUUCUCCUGAUAUAGCAUCAUCCAUCACCUACAACAAGAUUGACUUAUCCAAGCACAUACCUCCUGGUUGCAUCAUAUACAAUGGAGAGUGCAAAGUCACCAUGAUUAAUGAAACCGACAUUUGCAUUGGAGUCAACAGCACAAUGCUGCAGCGCCACCUUGACAGCGGGAAGAUGAAUGGAAAUUUCUGUCACUUUGGUGUUGAGGAAUUCGCCUGUGCUGAGCUGUCAGCUUUAAAAGCAGAGGAUCUGGCAGCGAUUUUAAAAUGUAAUCGCACCUUCGACUCCAGUGGCUCCAGACCCGUCUGGAAGCUUGUCCUCUCUAAAGCCUCUCAUGUGCUGGAUGAAUCUCUCGAUCUUCUAUCCAACAUGACACUGGACCCCAGAAAUCCUGCACUGUCGAUGAUUUUGGACUCAAUACGAGAAAUCCGACUGGACACCUUCAACAUGGCUCACUUCAACGAUCCUGCCUUCAUCCAGCUGUGGUUCAUUCACAGACUUCGCCCGUUCCUGCAUGCUGUUUCCCCUGACUUUCUGUCAUGUCUCACCACGAGAGGUUUGAGCUGCAGAACCUACCAACACAUUGUGCAGAUUUUGAGCCAUCUUAAGCCGCACAUGACGGCCCCCAUGCAGAUGACUGUCUACACACACUUCAUGAAGGUUUUCCUGACCAGGAACAACACAGCUGACCCUCAGUGUCUCUCAACAACCAAUCAUAGCGCAGAAUGGCUGAAGAGGAACUUUGGUUUGUUCUCAACAUUUGCCCCCAUCACAGACUUCUACAGGCUCAACAGAAACUUCUCUGCACUGGAAGCUCUUCCCGUACUGUCACCGAAGCAGAUAGCAGAGCUGCUGCUGUUGCCUCUUCCGACUCCUUCAGAUGUUGUUAUCAACCAAGUGUUUGACUUCCUGAUGGAGUCCCCUGGAGACGGGAAGCUUGUGGAGGUCCUGCACUUCCUGGCAAAGCUUGCUGAAGAGGUCACUCCACCCUGCCAUGUCUACAGACAAAUUUUUGAGCGACUGUACAGAGCCGUACCAUCUGUGCCUGCGGACAUGGAACCAGUCAUCUGGGCUGGCAUAGACAACCUGAUCAAUGUUGCACCAGAAGGAGCUAAGAUCAUUUAA